UUGGCAUGGAUGCUUGAAAUCAAAAGUCGCUUAAAAUUGAAAAUUGCACAUAUUUGCCAAGCUAAAACGGAAACGUAAAGUAUUUCAAUCAUUGGCAAUGGGGCUUUGGCUGCUCUUUGAGCGCACAUCAUUCACUCACACUGAGUUUGACAUUAGUGCCAUGAAUUAAAACCAAAUUAACACAGCCAUAAAGGAGAGGGACAAUAAAAAAAAAAAAAAAUUUCAUUAAUAUUCUUGGCACCGAGGCAAGGAAAAGCAAGCAAGAAGACCAAAACUCCUCUACUCAUCCCUCCUGUGAUAUGUAAAACAAUGAGGCGAGAAAGGACUUUUUGUGCUGCCAUCAUCAUCCUUGUCAACACCAUCAUCAUCACUUGAGGGCCAAGCCUUCAUAUGUUGACAUUUUGAAUGAAGCAGAGCUGCCACCAAAAUACCCUUAAGUAUCUGCUGCGAACAAAUCUGCAGGAAGUAUUGGUCCAAGGCAACUCAAACAAAACAGGGCCUUAAGCCAAGCCUGCUAGUGCUAUUAUAACAAUCAACAAGCCCAUAAACCACUGGUGCUCCCCGGUACCCCCCCCAAAAAAAAAAAAAAAAAAAAAAAACUAAAUAGAGUGCCCCAAAUAUUCUGGCAAAGCCUAAAAGGUCUUUAGCCAUUAAGCUGGGAGGCCUUUGCUCUCUUUCUCUCACUUUGAUUCAAUAGGAGGGAACACUUGAUGUUAAUAAGUGUUAGCAGGCAAAGCUGCUGAUGUGGUGGUUGUUGUCAUUGUUGUCCUUAGCGCUUUGAGGCUUUUGUUCGCCAACGCUUAUUUAUUUGCAAUGUGCGGCUACAUGCUAAACAAUAGCAGCAUUAACAGCAAUAUUAAAAGCUUCUUUACAUUACAACCGAUUUCGUCAGCAACACCAACAAUAUCACAAGCAACAACAACAACAACUACAAAAACAAGGAGAAGAACAAGAACAACAAAAACAAUAACAAAACAGACAUUGUCAACGGGCACGUCCUACUCCCCAUACUACUCCCCAUGCACUACUACAAUAGGCCCAACAACAUUGCCAUCACCUUCAUCAUCAUCAACAACAACGGCGAGGCAAUCUGGUAAUGCAUCCCCUUUUCUACCAUCCCCAUUAUCGACAGCAUCUACAACCACAACAGCAACAAUAGCAACAGCCUCCAGUUAUUAUCCUGCCAAAUAUUCAUUUUUCAAACACUCAUCAUCGCCAUCAGCCCACGGAAGAUGUUCGCAGUGUGUUGGCAUGGGAAGCUGCUGCAAACGCUCCACACGCAAUAUCAUCAUCAGACCGCCAACCGCAUCCGCAUCCCUAUUGAGAAGUUGCGCCGCACCAUCGUUUGACAAGUGGCAAAUUUUUGUCUUAUCAAUAAUUAUUUUAUUAUUAUGUUGCACAAGUCACGUGCUGGCAAUCCGAAAGGGUCGUCUCAUGACUCCAAGCACAUUUACUGCUUUAAGCGGAGAUCUACAUGUACAGAUACAAUUUUCCUUAGACCAAGAGGACAAUGAUACGCUGGGACAGCACCAACAGCAGCAACAGCAACCUGCUCAGCAGGAAACUUCAACAACAUCACGCACCAUUGGCUCAACCAACCAAAGAACAUCAAGUGGGGAUAGGGAUAAGGCCACAUUAGGGGUAGAGAACUUCAUAACAAAUACUUUGGUCAUUAGCAAAUACAUUGAGGAAGAUGUAGGAAUGCCAGUUGUGGUCGAGGGGGAGAUAACGACUGCAACACCAACUAAUGCACCGCCUCUGGCCACCACUGCAUCGGCUGCAUCGUCAUCAUCAAAUGAUAGCCUCCCCUUGCAACGCAAACGCAAGGAAAUCAUACAAAAUAUUCCCGUGUAUCCUGAUCCCCGUCACAAUGUCACCCAGGUGGCAGUACCCUGUCAGACUUUUAUGUUUGGUGGUCUUUAUGAAAUGCAAUUGGUCUCCAAUCUACAAACCACCAAUAAAUCAGCAAUGCCAGAGUCGAUGGGCAAGACAGAGGCCACACCUGCCAUGACCACCACCACGCUAAUACCAGCCACCGAUGAACGUUUGCGCCAGACUCUGGAUGUGCGAUGGCCCAGUGCCGAAAUGAUUGUUAGCCCUGUACGCCUAACCACAUAUCCGGAUAGUCCCGUUGAGGUAGAACUGCGUUUUCCCGAAGUUAACUGUGACAACGCCUGGAAGCGAGAAGAUCUUCCCGAAUUCUGGCUAGAGCUUAUCUAUUGUGGCAAAGAGCGGGCUUGUUCUCAACUCAUGCCCCAGAAUGUCUCCAAAUCCAGCAUACUCUUUGCCGAGCAGGUGCGAGGCUUUCCCAAACAGAAAUCCUUUAAAUUGUCCUGUGACCUCUUUGGAUUGGCAGGCAAUUAUGCCGUCCAGCUGAGACCUAUGGUGCCUGCUCCUCAUUUACCCAUAACUCGUAGAUUUCUCUCCGUCGAUUGGAGUGACAAAUAUGUCUUCAAUGUCUAUGCGCGCAGCAUAUUUCCCUGUGAUCCCCAUACCGGCAUAGGGGUUCUCUAUGAAUAUCCCAGCUGUAUUUUGGAACAAGGUGACCGAGUUAGGGUCUAUGCUAAGCUGAGGGCAGAUGUAGCUUCACUCAAGCCUCCCACCACUUUGCAUUACAUAGCCGAACAGCGGGUAGUUAAGAAUCUGUACUCGCUGUAUUUUAGCUGCGAACUCUUUACGGAGAAAUAUGUGGAGUAUUGUUUUGUCUAUGUCACCCAGGCUAUAUCGGGAGCUGUGGCCGAUGUGAGAAUGGAUUGUGUGCCCACGUUGCCGGUGAAAGAAUCUGACACAGGAGGCUGGGGCCCUUGGAGUGAAUGGACACCCUGUUCGACGAACUGUCUGGGUGGCACAAGAAAUCGUUAUCGCUUUUGUGAUUCUCCACCUCCGCGUUAUGGCGCGAAAUUUUGCGAGGGACCCUCAGUGCAAACCGAAAAAUGUGGUCAAUCCAUUGGUGAUACUUGGGAUUGUAUUUACGAAACAAGUGGCACGGCAGCCAGUAAGAAUCGUACAGAUGUCACACAGGAAAUCGGUCCUGGUUGCCGCUGUGGCUGCAUUGUUCAUUUGGGAGCCUCCAAACCCAAACGUAUUAUAGCAGGGGCCACACAAAGCUGUCCGGGACGAUCAUUUUGGUUGUUACAGGUGGAUGGCGAAGAGACAAUUGCAUUGCAGUUAAGCUUUCUACGUUUGCCGUGUGCCACACAAUACAUCAAAAUCCGUGAUGGACCAUCAUUGUCAUCCACUUUGCUGAUAGAAAUGCAGGGUGGCACCAGCAGCAACACAAAUGGAGGCAAUGGCGCCAGCAAUGCAAUGGAUUUACCAAUUUUUGUUGAAUCCAGCGGUGCUCAGCUAUUGUUGGAAUUUUAUGCUGGCGAAGAGGGUGGCGGCAGUAUAGCAAACAAUACGGAAAUUCAUACGGGUCUGAUAUGUACUGGAGGAUUUUUGGCUAAUAUCGAACAAAUUGGCAAAAAUUCCUCUUCCGCCACACGUCCUCUAAUAGCAGCCACCGGACUAACGGUAAAGAGUAGAGCUUACCUAUUGAAACCCAAAUCGAAAUCGAAAUUUACUUUGGUACAUCUGAGUGCCAUAGUAUUUGCCACCAUUAUCAUACUAAUCAGUGCUUUAUUGGGUGCCCAAUAUGUGGUACGCUAUCGCAAAUAUCAUUUGGCCAUUGCUAGGCGUCGUGAUGAGGGAUCUCGUCUUCAUACCCCUUGUGCUUCUAUGACUUCCUUGCAAUGUCCUCCCUCGAGGGCCAUGUCUACCACUACCUUGAUAUCGGAGGUCAUCUAUAUGGUUAAAAUGCGUCCCAAACAUCAGUUGAGACACUCCAUACUACGCGAGAGUGUAGAUGCUGAAAAUUUGGCCCGAGAAACUGAAAUGAAUGAGUCCAUCAUUAAGGAGCCCAUUCGGAAGUGUGUCGAAGAAUUUGGCAGCAAUGGAUCUAUAGUCACCCUGCGCAAUGAAAUACCUACCACAAAAAGCAUUAGUAGAACACCGUCCAUCGAAGAGGGCAUAACAAAUGGUUCGAUUGAAGAUUCCAAUGGCGAAGAUGAUGAUCCUCGCAAUGCCACCUUAAAGCGUAAGGACAGUGGCAAGGAUUCGGAGAGCAUUAUAUCAUCAGGAAUGUCUUCGAUCUGCAAUAGUCCGCCCAUGAAUACAAAACGUAGUAGCAAAUAUUCAGAACGCUAUGAUGAAGCUACACUGAAGAUGACCAACUCCUAUAUGGAGGAGAAGACAGAUUGUGAGUCGCUGAAGUCACUGAUAAUGCACCAGCAAAGAGGAAAUCCCAGAUGCAGUAGUGUGAAUUUAACGAAUGGCUGCUACUCGCCUGCGGCCAGCAUUAUCAGCUCUGCCACCAUACGCAGCACCAAUGCCAAGGAGAGUAAAGAGAAACAAAAUCUCAAAAAGCUGUUGGCCCGGCCAGGCUCCGAAUUUUCGUUGGGCACCCAGGAAGACUUUGAAUUGGACUACUAUGAUUACAAUGUGACCAAUGCAGGGGCAGCUCCUGGCUCCUAUUUGGGCAUGGAUCCUGCCUAUUUGAUAUGGAUACCCCCCUUUGAUGACAUACCUGAUUCGCCAGAAAGAGAUGACGACAAAACCCCAGAGCCCAUGAACGAUGAGGGUCAACCACUAUAUGGAGAAAUCAAAAUGCCCAAAUAUGGUCAUUUUCUAAGCCCUCAUAGUCACACCAACUCCAGCAACAAUACCACCACCAAUACUAGCCCUACUUCAGAUGAAGUGUCGCCCCUGAAUAGCAAUCUCCAUUCAAAGGCUACCACACCCUCAGAGAGCGAUUUCAAAAAUUGUCUCAUACGCAAAGCCAUAUCAUCGCAUUCGCAGAAUUCCACCAAACAAUCAACGCCAUAUCUAACGCGUAAAAGACGCAAACAACAAAGGCAGCAAUCCAAAUCUGCGGCUUCUUUGGGCAAUGCCACCAAGGAAGAGACCAUACCGCUGCAAGAGUUAAACGUCACCAAAUCUGACAGGAAUUUGUUGCUGCAUGCAGCUACCACCUGCCCUCAAGAAACUGAUGGAAUUUUGGAGACCGAUUCCAUGAAUGGCUCCUACAUAGAAAAGGAAACCUCUGUGGUGAAGUCUCCAAGUGAUUUGGAAAGAUAUUCCGCCCUGGAUGACAUACAAUUUGCUGAUGAGAGUGAAAGUGAUCAUGAUGCUUCGAUGAGGCCAAAUAAUAGUGAGCGUAAAUUGUCAGCAAAAGAGAUUUUAGCGGAAGAGUGCAAAUUGGUAAGAGAGUUGAAAAAGGUUAGCAACACUCUCAUACAUCAGAGUCAAACUAAGACCAUGAGAAGGACACAGGUUUAGGGAAAAUAAAGGAGAAAAUUAAGUGAGAAUAGCAAGUGAAGGAUGUUAAGGGAAUUCAAAGGCAGAACCAGCAGUUAAGGCAUUGUAACUUAAUUGCCGCUAUAGGUAAUUUAUGAUCUACUGUCAGAUCAUUCUUGAGUGCUCUUAUCUCUUCUAUUGGGGGUUUA